UAUGAACGAAAGCUGUGCUUCCCAACAAACAUAUUACAAGCGAAUUUCGUUAGAGCUGAAUACCUUCAAACCCUCAGAACUCCCAUUUCCCCAGGCUGAAAAAUGAGCUGGUGGUGGGCUGGAGCUAUCGGCGCUGCAAAGAAAAAAUUCGAAGAAGAUGACACAGCCGUAACUUACCAGAGCGUAGCCCUGAUCAUCGGAGUUACUGGAAUCGUUGGGAGCAGCCUGGCCGAGAUCCUCCCCCUCGCUGACACCCCUGGCGGCCGAUGGAAGGUCUACGGCGUCGCCCGCCGGCCCCGCCCCAACUGGAACGAUGAUAAUCGGGUCAACUACAUCCGCUGUGACAUUUCCGACCCGGAUGACACCCGGGCCAAGCUCUCAACUCUCACUGAUAUCACCCACCUGUUUUACGUCACCUGGGCCAACAAACCCACCGAGGCCGAGAAUUGCCAAGUCAAUGGCAAAAUGCUUAAAAAUGUUCUUGAUGCAGUUAUCCCAAAUUGCCCCCGGUUAAAGCAUAUUUGUUUGCAGACUGGGAGGAAGCAUUACAUGGGGCCAUUUGAGUCGUAUGGAAAGAUAGAAACCCAUGAUCCUCCAUAUACAGAAGACUUGCCCCGUUUGAGUUACAUGAAUUUUUACUACACUCUUGAGGAUAUCUUGUUUGAGGAGGUUAAAAAGAAGGAGGGUUUAACCUGGUCUGUGCACCGACCCGGUAACAUAUUCGGGUUCUCCCCAUAUAGUAUGAUGAAUUUGAUGGUGACCCUUUGUGUUUACGCUGCUAUUUGUAAGCAUGAGGGGAAGGUUUUGAGGUUUCCGGGGUGUAAGGCAGCAUGGGACGGUUACUCGGAUUGCUCUGAUGCUGAUCUGAUCGCUGAGCAUCAGAUAUGGGCCGCGGUUGAUCCGUUUGCAAAGAAUGAGGCGUUCAAUGUGAGCAAUGGUGAUGUGUUUAAAUGGAAGCAUUUUUGGAAGGUGUUGGCGGAGCAGUUUGGAUUGGAGUGUGGGAAGUAUGAGGAGGGGCAGACGCUGACUUUGCAGGAGCUGAUGAAGGAUAAAGGCCCUGUUUGGGAUGAAAUUGUGAAGGAGAAGGAGUUGAUGCAGACUAAGUUGGAGGAUGUUGGGAUUUGGUGGUUUGGUGAUGUUAUUCUUGGGAACGAGUGUUUUUUGGAUACUAUGAACAAGAGCAAGGAACAUGGGUUUCUAGGAUUUAGGAACUCCAAGAAUUCGUUUGUUUCUUGGAUUGAUAAGGUAAAAGCUUACAAGAUUGUUCCUUAAUUUGCUAGGUCAGUUCAUAUCCUAGGUAAUUGUUUUUCUGGGCGAAUGGGGUAGUGUGCAUCUGCACUCUAUUGAAUAAUCUUGGUGUAAGAAAAACGCAGAAGAUGAUGUUUAUGCUAUCUCAAUGUUUGAUGUGGGACUGUAAUAAGUUAUGACAAUGAAUCUUUAGUUAAUAAUGUUA